CAGUACACAGUCAUCGACAAAAGCGAACUCAUCGUCGCUUACCCUUAAUCACCAUCUUCAGAUCCCUCUUUUUGUCUCCUCAUCGCCCAAGACAAAGUUUCAAUGUAAAUCAGUGGAUUACCCAGAAAACAACUUUCAGUUUUUUCGGCUUAAAUCUUCAUGUAGUACUUGUAAACUACGAUUUUAAAUAUAUUGUGUUUGGGGAGGAAGAGAGGACAAGUACCAAAAUGGGAAUUUGCGCUUCCAAGCCCUCCCCAGAACCCAAUCUCUCCGACAAUCAUCAAUCCACAAAGAAAAUCCCUGUUCCGGUAGAGGGUAAGUUUGUUCCGGUUGAGGAUAACGCUAAACCACCUGAAAAUGCUGAAACCCAUGGUAAUCAAACUGUCAAGAAGGAAGAAGGGACCGAGGUAAGUAAGAAAACGCCGUUUUUCCCGUUUUAUAGUCCAAGUCCGGCCCAUUAUUCGUGGUUGAAGAAGUCUCCGGCGAGAUCUCCCGCGAAUGGGAGCUCGAAAUCGACGCCUAACCGGUUUUUCAAGCGGCCGUUUCCGCCGCCGUCGCCGGCGAAGCACAUUCGAGCGGUGUUGGCGAGGAGGCACGGGUCGGUGAAGCCCAACGAGGCGGCGAUACCGGAGGGGAAUGAAUCGGAGAAUGGAGUUGCGGGUUUGGAUAAGAGUUUCGGGUUUUCGAAGCAUUUUGGGGACAAGUAUGAGCUUGGGGAUGAGGUUGGAAGAGGGCAUUUUGGGUAUACUUGUAAGGCCAAGUUCAAGAAAGGUGAGCUUAAGGGACAAGAUGUUGCUGUUAAGGUCAUACCCAAAGCGAAGAUGACCACUGCCAUAGCCAUUGAGGAUGUGAGAAGGGAGGUCAAAAUAUUGAGAGCUUUGACCGGACAUAACAAUCUAGUACAAUUUUACGACGCAUUUGAAGACCAUGAUAAUGUCUACAUAGUGAUGGAGUUAUGUGAAGGAGGAGAGCUCCUGGAUAGAAUACUUUCAAGGGGUGGGAAAUAUACUGAACAUGAUGCAAAAGCUGUGAUGAUGCAAAUAUUGAGUGUUGUUUCAUUUUGCCAUCUCCAGGGUGUGGUGCACCGGGAUCUUAAGCCAGAGAAUUUUUUGUUUACAUCUGAGGAUGAAAACUCACAACUGAAGACCAUAGAUUUUGGGUUGUCAGAUUUUGUGAAGCCAGAUGAAAGGCUUAAUGAUAUUGUUGGAAGUGCAUACUAUGUAGCACCUGAAGUUCUUCAUAGAUCUUACAGUACAGAGGCCGAUGUGUGGAGUAUUGGUGUUAUAGCGUAUAUUCUUUUGUGUGGCAGCCGCCCAUUUUGGGCUCGUACUGAGUCGGGGAUCUUUCGGUCCGUUUUAAAAGCUGAUCCAAGUUUUGAGGAACCACCUUGGCCUUCUCUGUCUUCUGAGGCUAAAGAUUUUGUCAAACGUUUAUUGAACAAGGACCCACGGAAAAGAAUGACUGCUGCUCAAGCCUUGUGUCAUCCCUGGAUAAAAGAUAGUAAUGACAUAAAAGUGCCGCUGGAUAUAUCAAUAUUCAAACUCAUGAGGUCUUAUAUGCGUUCUUCUGCUCUCCGGAAAGCUGGUUUACGGGCUUUAUCUAAAACGUUGACUGUGGAUGAGUUAUUUUAUUUGAAGGAGCAAUUUUCGCUGUUGGAACCAACCAAAAACGGCACCAUAUGUUUGGAUAACAUUAAAAAGGCCUUGAUGAAAAAUGCAACAGAUGCUAUGAAGGAGUCCCGAGUCCAUGAUUUCCUAGCAUCACUUAAUGCACUUCAAUACAGAAGGAUGGAUUUUGAGGAAUUCUGUGCAGCUACAUUAAGUGUUUAUCAACUUGAGGCUCUUGAUCGAUGGGAGCAACAUGCUCGUUGUGCCUAUGAGCUUUUUGAGAAGGAUGGGAACAGGGCCAUUGUCAUUGAAGAAUUGGCAUCGGAACUUGGGCUCAGCCCUUCUGUCCCUGUUCAUGCCGUUCUCCACGACUGGAUCAGACACACAGAUGGAAAGCUUAGUUUUCUUGGGUUUGUCAAAUUGUUGCAUGGUGUGUCUAGCAGGACCAUUACAAAAGCUCAAUAACAUUGUGAGCCAAAUUGAUGCUUGCCCAUUGCCUGGUUGGCCGCUAAAUAUGCAGAUAAGAGCGAUUACAAUCAUUUUUUACUAUCUUCAUUCUUCUGGGAUUUCCAAGGCUGAAAAUAUGGUGCCAGCACAGUUCAUUUGGGUUUUUCCAUCAUGUCCAUGGCAGAAGCUUGUGUCCAUGCGUACUUUUAGAGAACAUUUGAGUUGUUGCCGGUCGCAGCUACGUCAGCCUGUAUUUCCUACUGUAAAGUCUGUAGCUGAGACCGUUUCAGAAUUUGUUAUUAGAGAGUCGUAAGUCAUGCAUGCCUGAUGUUGUUGUUCUAACAUAUUGGACCCACCUGAUGAUAUGUCGUCAAUUGCCUUGUAGCUUAUUAUAACGACGACAACCACAAUGGCAGCAAGUGAGAAAAUUACAAACCUAUCUGUUGUGUUGUGAAAAUAUCUUUCGUUUUUUUGUUUUUUUUGUGCUAUUUAUUUUUUGUAAUAGGGCAACUUUAAAUUUUGGAUUCACACAGAUACUGUGUGGUAGCCCAUAAAGUCCAGACAUGUAUGUGUACUCUCACUAGUGACACGUGGCAUAAUGAGAUAUUAUAGUACAAUAGCAUGAGAGAAUAUUCAACACGACGGUGAGUGCACUCCACUUGAGU